AUUUACGCUCCUUGUCAGCUGAGCGCGCGGAGUAGAACCAAACAGGGGUCGCGGCUGGCGCUGAAGCACGCAAGUCGACCAGCAGGCUGGCUGCGGAGGCGCCUUUUGGUGCCACCACCGUGAGCGGGGCGAAUGCUUCGAACGAGCCGGUGAGCGUGUGUUCCGCGGGUCGGACUCCGGCCGGCGCCGCGUGCUUCACGCACCCCGUCCGACGGACCCCCGAGCCGGCUCCCGGUGCUGACGUCAGCAAGGUCCGGGUGACUUCACUGCACAGCUGGUCCCGCGCCUCUCCGUUUCAAUGAACGAGCGUACGAAGCUUGAGCGCGAGUGGGGCGAGAGCUGGGGUUGGGCCUCGGGGCCUGGUGGACUCAGCAGUCGGGGCAGGCCCCGCAAUGGGGCUGCGCGUCGAGCGCCUUGGAUACAGCGUGUUCUCCAUCACGUUGUCGCGCAUCGAGCACCCGCCCAACCCGCGUAUCGUCCCCGCACCCGUCUUGUUCCGGGGGGUUCCCGUCAGCCACCGGGUUCCCUUUCGCAGCAGAACAUCAUUCAACUUCGAACGUCAUCGGCUGACGUCAGGGCAAACCAGCCGCGCAUUGACUUCGGCUUGGCAACUCAGGGCCGGUGCCGGAAACAGGGCAGGAACCGCUUUUCGGAGGAGGCCAGCUGACCUUUGCUGGGCUCAAGGCCGGCUAGGUGAUGUCAGCUGUGCUAAUGGCCAAGGAGACGACUGCAGCGCGUUGGCUGCGCUUCCACGAGGCACCGGACAUCGCCUGAAGAGUGCGCUAGGAGCGCGCUGUCUUGAACCAUGCGAGCGGGCUGGAUCUGAUUUGGGUGUCAACUGGUACGGAGGCGCUCCGGACGGUGCAGAGCGUGCUCAUUUGGAGCUGCUGUCUCAGCCUGGCGGGCACGUCACCGCAAGGGCCGGUCGGGGCGGCUGGAUGACGUCAGCAUGGUGGCACCAGGAGUGCGCGGCCGGCCUCAGCAACUAUUGUUACAGACUUUAG